CGAGGAAGCUCGACUCGGACUGAACGCUGCUGUCUAAUGUUUGAAUCUACCUACCACGUAAGCGGUUUUCCAAGCACUAAGCUGUUAUGUGAAUUUCCUGUGCGGUCCAUGAAUACAGUGGCUUCCGUCAUAUUACGCCGACAUGUCGGCCAUAGCAGGCUGUUUGCGCAAGGCUGCGGCUGUGGCCAUUUCGCUUCUCAUUUCAAGCGGAACAAUCGCUGCCUACGACCUCAAUAUCGAUUCAACUGGUUAGCUAUCUUGUUCUCAACGUGUGAAGGCAAAAUCAUAGCUCACCAGAUCUCGUCUUGCAGAUUCGAUCAAAAAUGUCGCCAAAGAAUUAGCAGCGGAUCUGAUGUCCAUGUACAAUGGCAACCAGCCCGGACAAAUACCUGGUCUCCUUCCACAGCCGUACUACUGGUGGGAAGGUGGUGCUCUGAUGGGCGCGCUGAUAGACUAUUGGUACUAUACCGGCGACACAACGUAUAAUGACAUUACUCAACAGGGCCUGCUACACCAGGUCGGACCAUACAAUGAUUUCAUGCCUCCAAAUCAGACGUUAACUGAGGGCAAUGACGACCAGGGGUUUUGGGCCAUGGCAGCCAUGUCAGCAGCCGAGUACAACUUCCAGAAUCCCGAAGCCAGUCAACCACAAUGGCUAGCACUAGCCCAAGCAGUCUUCAACACGCAAGCAGCGCGCUGGGACACCGAGCACUGCAACGGUGGCUUGCGGUGGCAGAUAUUCACAUGGAACAACGGUUUCAACUACAAGAACUCCAUAUCACAGGCGUGCUUCUUCAAUCUCGCCGCGCGACUGGCCCUCUACACUGGAAAUAAUACUUAUGCAGAAUGGGCCUCGAAGACGUGGGAUUGGAUGGUAGGGGUGAGAUUCAUCGACGAGGACUACCGGGUCUACGACGGCGCCACCGUCGACCACAACUGCACAGACAUCACGCCGUAUGAGUUCUCCUACAACGUCGGCGCGUUCCUGCUGGGUGCCGCGGCCAUGGUCGAAUACUCGAACAAGGCUAAUAAAACACUCGACGUCGAUCUAUGGCACGAGCGCGUAGACGGACUCCUGAAUAACACAGAGUUGAUCUUCUUUUUCGGAAACGACACCGACAAGGUUAUGAUCGAAGUGGCGUGCGAAUCCGUGAACCUCUGCGACGUCGACCAGCAGUCUUUCAAGGCGUAUCUGAGCAGAUGGAUGGCGGCGACAACGAAGUGGGCCCCCUGGACCUUCGACCGCAUCAAGAAGCUGCUCCAGAACUCGGCGCGUGCUGCCGUGAAGCAGUGCAACGGAGGUCCCAACGGACGCAUGUGUGGGCUGAAAUGGGCGAAUAAUAGUGGCAUGUGGGACGGGACCACAGGUGUCGGACAACAGAUGGCUGCCAUGGAAGUCGUCCUCGCAAACAUGAUCGAACAAGCGAAGGCGCCUGUGACUGACAGCACGGGCGGCACGAGCGCCGGCGACCCCACGGCCGGUGGUAACGACAACGGCCGCGUGGAUCCGGUGAAAUGGCACCACGGACCGAUCCACGCGGGCGACCGCGCGGGCGCCGCCUUCGUGACAUUCGUCGUCCUCGCAGCCCUUCUUGCCGCCCUCGUACUCAUGCUCGCAGACGAAAUGAAGACGGCAGGCGAGAACUGGGAUAAGUUCCGGUCCACGCUAUCUUCGUCUCCGUUUUCUUCACAGCAACGCGGCGGCGGCGCGGGAUCCACGACCGUCGUGGCCAUGCCUCCUCCCAGUGGUGAGACGCCGGUAACUAAUAGGGAUAAAGGGAAACAAGUAGCAGCUGCUGUGAAUGAUGCCUCGAGUCCCGAGAAGACUCCGACGAGAGCAGCUGUGGGGCAUAAUAGAUUGCCGUCGAAAGACAUUCCGAAACGGAAACCUGUUUCUAUGAUAAGUGUUACGUCGAUGGCGUCGCGGAAUCCUGCGUCUGAUGACGCGCCUUCGGAACAGGGACUAUGUGUUCAGCAGAGUGGACGGACGAACCCCCAGUAGUACCGGCAGGGGUUUAUCUGGGAUUCGGAGUAUAGCCGUUCGAGGACGGAAGACUGAAACGGUACCAUUUUGUUGUCGUUUUGCUGAAAGGGUCCGGGGUUGAAUUCUACUUUGGUGACUUAUGCGUCUUGAUGCAGAUUGC